GCCUUUCACUGACCGAACGGGUUUUCUGCGCAGUGACAUCACUUUUGCUCGUCAUUGGAGCCAUGUCGACGGCCGAACGACGCAUCGUCGUCCUCAUCUCUGGCUCAGGAUCAAAUUUGCAAGCCUUGAUGGACGGAUGCACAUGUACUCCCGCACUCUUACCCCAUUGCCAAGUCAGUCUGGUCAUCAGUAACCGCAAAGCAGCCUACGGACUCGUACGAGCCUCACAAGCCGGUAUCCCCACAGACUACCUCGCUCUACAACCUUUUCUCAAGCAAGACCCGAGCCGGACACGACAAGAUUACGAUACCGAGCUGGCCAGACGAAUCCUCUCCGGUCAACCGCACUUGAUCGUUCUAGCGGGAUUCAUGCACGUUCUUUCUGCGGAAGGCUUGAAGCUGCUCGAGGGUAUACCGAUCAUCAAUCUGCAUCCUGCUUUGCCCGGCGCGUUCGACGGAGCCAACGCGAUACCCAGAGCUCUGUCAGCGUACAAAGAAGGCAGAGUGACAACGACAGGGUGUAUGGUCCAUCAUGUCAUCCCGGAAGUAGACGCAGGACCGCCCAUCGUCAUCAGAGAGAUCGCCAUCGAUCAACAGGAGACUUUAGAGACCUUAGAAACAAAGAUCCACGCGGUAGAGCAUGAGAUCAUUGUCGAAGCAGCAAGGGUUGUAUUGGCUAGUUGAAAGAGCGAAGGAGCAUGCAUAGUUCGCAAGGCAACAACAACAGCAAGCACAAAAGAACAAGGCGAAAGGUGACAUGGAGGAGCAAAGUCUCAGCUCUUCCGCCUCGGACUCGUUCGAACGGGCGUAGCGCUCUCUUCGCGCACCCUCUUCUUGCUCGCUGGUUCUCCGAGAGGUUGACCAGCAUCGUCAGCGGAGGGAGUGUCGAUAUCGACAUAUCUGCCCAAGUUGUCAUCAUUGUCAUUCUGGAGCAAAGGCUGAACAUGCCCGGAAUCUGUCGUGGCUAGUUGCCCCCGAUCGAUCAGCGUGAGUUUUCUAACAGAGGUGAGAGAAGAGACAUACGGAAGUGGCGCAAGUAGGAAUCGAGGUCAAAGUCUGCAG